AUGGCAGAAAUAUUGAACAAGACAGCGGCAGUAGCUGAGUUCAUCCUUGUGGGUUUCACCCACAUCCGAUGGCUGCAGAUACUCCUUUUCUGGCUUCUCCUUCUCACAUAUCUUUUGACCAUCGUGGGAAAUCUUCUCAUCAUCUACAUCACUCUAGUUGACCGACGCCUCCAGACCCCCAUGUACUUUUUCCUCAGGAACUUCUCUUUCUUGGAAAUAGGAUUCACUUCUUCUGCCAUCCCUAAAGCUUUGUUUAACUUGGCCUCGGCCACUGGCAGUAAAAGCAUCUCCUUAGCUGGUUGCUUCAUACAGAAUUUUCUUUAUUUUGUCCUUGGCACCACUGACUUUCUUCUAGUGAUUGUAAUGUCUGUUGAUCGAUACAUAGCAAUCUGUAACCCUCUUCACUACUUAACCAUCAUGAAUGGACGAAUCUGCUCAUUAUUGGUACUUUCCUGCUGGGCUGGAGGGUUAUCACUAUUCCUAGUUCCAUCCAUUGUUUUAUUUCAGAUGCCAUUUUGUGGUCCUAACAUCAUCAACCAUUUCUUUUGUGACUCUGGACCACUAAUCAAAUUAGCAUGUGUUGACACCAGGCUCGUAGAACUGAAUUAUUUUUUAAUUGCCAUACUCUCUCUGCUUGGGACCUUAGCUGUCAACAUUGUGUCUUACAUCAAAAUCAUUUCCAGAAUUCUGCACAUCCCAUCAGCUACAGGGAGGAAGAAGACCUUCUCCACUUGUGCAUCUCACAUGACUGUGGUCUCUAUUGCUUACAGCAGUUGUAUUGUCAUGUACAUGAAGCCAAAAGGCACCGGUGAAUUAGACUUCAACAAGAUAGUGGCUCUUCUGAAUACUGUUGUGGCUCCUUUUCUGGUUCCAUUCAUAUACUGUUUGAGGAACAGACAGGUGCAAGAUGCUUUGAUGGCUGAACUGAGACAAUGGACUGGGUUUUGCAAGAAAUUGAGAUGA